AUGGAGGGGUGCGCUUGCUUCUGUGGUGUGGGCUCUUCGGGGGCAUGUAUGUACCCUCAGAAGCACCAGUGCCCAGCUGAGAAGGCAGCGGCCAAUGACAAGCUGACCCCGGCAGAAAAGCACUUCGAGCUGGACACGGCAGGCGGUGCUGUUCCCGGCACCGACCUGCCCAACCUGGCCCAAGCCUGCACCAAAUUCCACUACAUCCUGCACAUCGACAGCAUCUGGAGAAGGCGCUGCCGGGAGGAGUUUGGUGUUUGUGAAAACUUGCAGAACCUGGAGAUGAUGGGUAUGUCUUACCGAGAAGUCUAUGCGAAGCUGUUCCCAUACAGAAACAUUUUGGGAUGGUGGCAGCUAGAUACUGAUCACUUUAGAAUACUAGUGAAUAAUUCACCUGACGGAGAGGAAACCAGCCAUGGUGGAGUGCAUGGAAGGCCCCACAACCGCCACAUGCAGAUUCGGAAGGACAGGUUCACCACCCAGUGCAAGAACACAGACCACGGAAUGGAUUUCCCAACGCGGCUUAGGGAAGAAGGGGAAGAAUGGGGGCUGUUGCUGGAGGACAGACAGCGGUUUGACUGGCUGACCUACCGCCGCCUCUAUCUCCCGCCGAGCCACCCGGACAACCUCAUCAGGCCUGGCCUCUUCCAAUACGACUACGAUUCCUAUGGCCUAAAGAUUGCCAUGCUCAGCUUCCAUGGGAAGUAUGCCAGGGUCACCAAGAUCACGGGAGUCUCCAACAAGAUAUUAGAGAUCCACCUCAUGCGCCGCAUCCAGCUACGAGAUGGCGAGAUCUUCUGCAACUUCAACCAGCUCUCCCACGUGGUCCAGGAGAUUGAGGAGCAGGUGAUCUGGGAGCAGCAGCAGCAGCAGCAAGAAGACUGGACUGAGGAAAGCAUGGGCCACAGCUGGCAGAGCCCUGCCCAGCCCAGAGUCGGGGAGUCCAGGGCUUCAACUUCGGAGGAGCAGCCUGUCCCGUUUGUUCUGCCUGUGGGCGUGGUCCCAAGAGACCGGAACUACCCCCGCACCUGCAGGAUGUGUUUCUAUGCCGUGGACACUUUUACCUUACUUGGCUCAGCCGACCGCUGGCGCUUGCCUGGAGUCUUCAUCCUGUUCGAUGAGAACCACUUCGGGUUCAUCUCUCUGGAGGUUCUCGGCACUGACCUGCCCAGCCUGGCCCAGGCCUGCACCCAAUUGCACCACAUCCUGCACAUCGACAGCAUCUGGAGAAGGCGCUGCCAGGAGGAGUUUGGCAUUCGUGACAACUUGCAAAACCUGGAGAUGAUGGGUAUGUCUUAUCGAGAAGUCUAUGCGAAGCUGUUCCCAUACAGAAACAUUUUGGGAUUGUGGCAGCUAGAUGCUGAGCACUAUAGAACACUAGUGAAUGUAGUGGUGGAUGGCUUAGGCAUUACUGGUUGGACCUACGGGCUUUCCCUUAACACCCAUGUGGAUGGCCCACUGCAAUUCAAGCCCCCUCGUUCAGAAUUUGCCUGA